CAAAAACACAAUUCAACUCAAUAUAAACAAUGGAAAGUUUUGCGAAAUUUGAAGAGAAUAAAACCAGUAUUAAUUUCCUAACACUACCUUGGCAAGAUGUUAUAUUCUCGCACAUAUUUUACAACCUUCCUUUGUCCGAUGUUGCCAGAAUUCGUCGGACGAGCAGAACAUUUAAUGAGCUGUGCUUAGCCUACUUCGAAUACUGCACUAACUUGAACUGCUUUCCCGUUUCAAGCAAGCUGACAGAAGAGGCAUUUGUACAGAUUACGAAGGAUUCGCGCUCUUUGCAAAAGCUUAGCCUUGAGAACUGCAAAACCUUCAAAGAUGCGACUUUAGUGAACGUUUUACAAAGAAAUUCAAACCUAAUUUCACUGAAUAUAAAUGGCUGCAAUAGUUUAUCCAAUCAAAGUCUAUUCACAGUUGCCGAAUGCUGCAGGAAUUUAGUUCAACUUCACUUGAGAGAGUGCAGAUGGGUUUCGUCCGAGCGUAUUAUAAAAUUAGCCGAAUCUUGCAAAAUGCUUGAAAUUGUUGAUCUAAGUGGUUGCUGGGAAGUUGACAAUGAAUGCUUGGUUACUUUGGUGAUGUCAUGUCCAAAAAUAACCCAACUUAGUGUGAACGGCUGUUAUGGAAUAACCGAUACGUCGCUUCACAUUCUGAGCCGUCAGCUCGCAGAACUCACGAGGUUCGAGCUUGACGGUUGUUGGAGAGUUACGAAUCGAUCGAUCAAAAUGAUUGGAGAAUAUUGUAGCAAGCUGCAGUACCUCAACGUUAAAGAUUGCCGGGAUAUCUCAGAGGCAAGCCUAGCUAGGCUGCGGGUUAAGGGUGUGGUCAUUAACAGAAAACCGGAGAUUCCAAUGUCACGAAUUCUAAUGCAGUAUUUCAAUAAGCCUGCAAUGCAUAUGACACCACUUCGAUUUGAUCCAACAUAG